AUCUGCUCAUAUGUUUUACCAAAGAUAUAUUUGAGGGAUACGUCUGAAUUUUAUAUAUGCUUGAUAUGCUUGCACUAAAAGCAGCAACUAAAAUGUUGGGGAAAUUCUUUUAUGUCUGGUCCUGUAGUCACUACCACCCUGACAGUGAGACAAGCUCCAGUUGUUUAAAAGAGAAGCAUAGACAUGUAGAAAUGUUUAAAUGUGGGCUUUUUUUAUAUUAAGGACUGGAGCAAAUGUUCAGCUUACUAAUGCAGUAAAACAGCAUUGUUUAAAGUCCUCAGAUCAGAUUAUUAAGAUUAUUAAGUUCAGGUUUUAGGUUAAGUAGGAGUUGUCAUGUCCUGUCAAUUAUACGAUAAAAUCUUUUCUUCUUUUUUGUAAUCUAUCAAAAUCACCUUGUGAUUAUUGAUGACACCACCGUGCACCAGUUGGUGGGGAACAAUAAUAUUAACCAAUAAUGUCAUGUUUCACAUCCCCACCUGUCAUCAAAAGUAAACUCAGCUAGACAGAGCAAGAGAAUGAAACAAGGGAGAAAACCGUUACAGUUCAUACUGAUUUUCAAUAGAGUUGCUAACACUGAUAUACUGUUAUGGACAAUACACACAAAAUUCAGACUUCAGUGCAGUCACUAUGAAAGCUCUAUAUUUGCUACAGGAAUAGAGAAGAUGUUGGCUUUCUGUCCUGAACGGCAUUGAUUACAUAUUUGUUGUCCUUUGGGCCUCCAGCGUUUCUCCUCUGUAUGUUGAUAUUUUUAGGUGUUUUCUCUGCUAAGUGAUCAAUAGCAUUCUAAGUUAAUAAUUCAGGAGGAAUUUUCAUUGGUCAAUAUUGAUCAGUUGUUUCAUUGAUCAUUAUUGAUCUGUUGUUUUUGGUGUAUGUUGUCGAUUAUUGUGAGCUGUGUUGUUGAGAGGGUGAACUGGGCUGUGGUUUGAGGGUGAUGUUUAGCUUUGAGGAGCCUGAGGGGGAGUGUUUUUGGGUGGUGUGGUGGUAUGACCCUCUUGGCCUCCCGCUUUUCCUGCCUCUCUGUUUCUCUCUCCUUACUCUAGCUCUUUCUCCUUCUUCUCUCUCUUUCUUUCCACCCUGUCCUUUCUAGUGUGUCUCUCAUUGUUUUUCUCCAUCCCUUUCUUACCCUGACAUUCUCCUUUUUCUUUCAUGUCUUUCUCUUUUCUUUCUUGCUCUGCCUUUCUGUGUUCUUUCUCACUCCUUCCAUCUUUCUCAUGUAUUCUCUCUCUCUCGCUUUCCCUUUCCCUACCCCACUCUCACUUCCUUCUCCCUUUCAGACUCUUUUCGUUCACCAUUUCACUCCUCCUUCCGUUUGUGUAGCAUUAAGUGACGGGGUAAUUAUUCUGUAUGAUUCUGGAUCAGAUGAGACUCUCUGCACCACCACCACUGUGUGAGGAUGAAACCCCUCCCUACUGCCAUGCUCCCUCCCUCCUUCUCUGUCUCUCUCUCUCCCCCUCCCUGCUUCCUCCUCUCCCGCUCUCCUUCGUCAUCCCUCCGUAUGCGCAGGUCCGUUGCCAUUGCUGUGGGCCUGCUGUUAAUGUCGUUCAUCACUGCCACCACUAACCCACAGAGAGGAGGAGGACAGCAUCUCUCCCUUCUUUUCAUUUUCCCUUUUUUUCCCUCUCACUUCCUCGAUCACCCAUAAUGCAGCUCUGCGCAAUUGAAUUUUGACGUGGAUUUUCUGAUGUGAUUUUUAUUUACCCUUCGCUUCCUGAGAGACAGAAAGAGAGAGAGAGAGAGAGAGAGACUCACAGACGAGCGGCCAGCGGAAGAGAGAGAGUGGUCAUGCAGCCCCACGUGACAGAGGUGGCCCGCCUGUACCAGACAGAGUUCAUUCGUAGUGCGCGGGCAGUGGGCGUCCUGUGGGCCGUGUGUACUCUCUGCUUCGCUGUCAUCGAGGUGGUCAUCCUCAUCCAGCCUUCCUGGGUGGGCACACGGGAGCUGCGCUUUCGGGGGGGUGGGGGGACGCCCCCACAGGCUGGUACUCUGGGCCUGUUUGAGGUAUGCGUGGAGUCAGACUGGCCCAUGCCGGAGUGUAAGGGAUCUUUGCACACCCUGACCCCCCUUCCAGCUUUCCAGUCACCAGCCGUGCUGGUCUGCAUGUCUCUGACCAUGGUGUGGGCCAGCGUGGGCUGCCUGUGCCUGUUCCGCUUCUGCAACGCUGCCACUGUAUAUAAAAUCUGCGCCUGGCUGCAGCUGACCGCAGGUUUCUGUCUGGCACUCGCGUGUGUGUUGUUCCCGGACUCGUGGGAGUGUGCGGAAAUGAGAGCACUCUGUGGGGAGAGUGUGGCCAGUUUCUCUCCGGGGAACUGCAACGUCCACUGGGCCUAUGUGCUGGCCAUGCUGGGGGUGCUGGACGCUGCCAUUCUCUCCACACUUGCCUUUGUCCUUGGCAACCGGCAGGAUGCUCUGCUUCCAGACGAUGCCAAGGAUGGUGAGGUGACUGGGCUGUUAUUGGAGGCAUAAGCCACUGAUGGAGCAAAUGCAUCAGAGAAAGAAAGAUGAUGUGAGAAGAGCUUGAUGUCUCCUCUCCCUCAGCAUGACAUCACCCUGACUGCUCGGCUUACAUAAUCACUCUGCAUAGAAACAGUCACCUGGCAACGGUCACCUGGCAACCGUAUCCUCCAGCCUCAGAAUCCUCCAGCUCUAGAGGGAGAGACAUUAUUCCCUCUCUGCAGUGGCCUCUGUCAGUGGAGGCUGAGGGACUGAAGGUCAUUAGAAUGCCUGCCUCACUGGUUCCUCCUUAUGUACCCAUCCAAUGUUAAUGUGUUUUUCUUAGCAGUAAAAUUAACAGAUGUCACGGUAUAUUGAUCCUCUGCACUAUUGUAUGUUAAGACUAGGGCUGUCACAAUUAUGUGAUUGAACUGGAUUACUUGAUUUAAAAAAAUUGCAUUCACAAUAAAACAUCUAUGAUUAGUUGAUUAUUUAUAUGAAGAUAUGCAGGUUACAAAUUCACUUGCUGGUCCCGUAAUAAGAAACAGAGUCUGACUGGCACACUCAUUUAUAUGCACUUUUAAUUUUUCCAAUAAGGUUUUCUGUAAUCUUUGAAACAAUGUGCAUGGUGCAUUUGAAGAGACUUGAUAAAUUAUCAAAAUAAAUGGUAAAUUACUUGAAAAUGAAUAUAAUCGAUAGUGACAGCCCUGAUCAAGACCAUCAGAAGUAUUUUAUUUGUUAAUCCGUUGGCUGUUUAUUAUGUGUAUUUCUGCGUUGUCUUACAGUCAGUUCAGUCAGUGUGGUGCAUGCUACGGUCUCCUAAAUAUAGUACUUACAGUGUUUUACUGAUGAAUGUAGAACAUGAGCAAUACUAACAAUAGAUCAACUUAGUAAUAUAUUUCAUAAAGGCUGUUUUUUGUAAAUAGAGAGGGUCUGAUUAUUUUGUUCAAUGUGGAACUGCCAGAUAAAGGUACUUUUGAGAUAUUCUGAAUCUCGAUCAGAUUUUUAGAAGCUGUAUGUAGCACACAGUGUGAUGACUGAACAAAAAAUGAAAGAAAUGCCAAAUAACCCUGUUGUAACCUUUUUUCUUAGGAGUGUUUAUAUGCGUUUAUAAAGUAACGGUUGGUUUAUUGUGCAGGAAUUAGACAAAAUGAUGCAUUUUUUGCAGUGUAACAUCAGCUAAUGAGCAAAUGCUAGCUUUAAAGUUGGUGCCAUUGUAUUACAAAACGAAACUAAAAGAACUGAGGCCAGAAAAAAUGGUUGUCCACAUACAAUUUAUUUAACUUAAACUGAUUUUACAAUAAAAUCUGUGCAUUUUUUUGAUACAAGAUUUCAUGGCCGCACAGCAAUGGAAACAUAAAGCUAUAAUAUAGUGUGAAAGGCAGUUUUUCUUGCACAAACUCUGCUGUAGAGUAAAUCAGAGAGGGAUUUGAAAGAUGCCUUGUAAAACGCAGUCAGCGUUAAUUGUUUGGUUGGCACAUCGGGCACUAAAGCCAGUGGCAAAAGCAGGGGAGGGGAGAACAACAGCGACUUUUCCAUACAGAGUUUAGUUUUUUAGAAAAAGUAACGGGAGCUCAGAGAAAGAGAGAGCAGAGACCUCACUUGGAUUAUUGUUUUCUUGUUCUGUGCUAAGAUUAAGUUGGCGAGGUGUUAGCUAUAGAUGCUGCGACCGUCCGCACUGAGUCGAGCUCAAGUGUUAUGAAGAAUAUUCUCCACUACAUUAAACGAGGCAAUUUAGUCUAUAUGUCAAAUGAACUGAUCUGUUUGAGUAGCUGAUUUUAGUUCACCUGUUAGCACAACUGAGCCAGAAAAUUGGGUUAGGCUUUCCUAACAAUCAAGACCUGUGAUCAGUGAAAUGGAUUAUGCUAUUUUAUUCCAGCCUGUUUUCAGUCCAGUAGUUUUCAGCUGAAGACCCUUACAUCAAAAGCCUUACAUCAAAAUAUUAGCCAACUACCAAUCUAGCUGAAGUGUUAGUAGGA